AUGCAAGUCGUGCGCUUCGAUGUCUUGGCAUGCCAUGGCAUGGCACGCGUCCACUCGCAUCUCCUCUUCAACCACGAUAGUGUAUGCGUCAAUGAGGGUGGUGUUCUGGUCGUCGUAGCUCGUUUGACGAAGUACAUGGGCACACCAAUCUUCAGAGAGCAGUUGGUGCCCUUCUCGAGCAAUCAAAGCGUCGAAUUCAUCGUCCAGACGUUGAAGUUGCUUGCGAUAGACCACGCAGUGCCAGCCAACUUGACGUUCGACGAGCUGAGUCUCAUCAAAUCGACACCGUUUGGAGCGUUGUGUCGGCGAUUCCUUGAUUCGAAAUACCUUUGCGGUAAACGCGGGGGCGUGGCCGGUGGGGGGGCCCACGAGGGGGCCGACAGGUUCCGUGCACAAGUGAUCCAAGUGCAUGUUUAA